AUGGGAAGCUCGUCGAAGGAAGACACGGCGAGUGACGGAGACACAGCGAGUGGUGGCGCCUCACCGUCCAAUGAUGAUGGCAGACUCUUUUCCGAGGGCGAGCGUGUUCUCGCCUACCAUGGUCCUCGCGUCUACGGUGCCAAGGUUCAAAAAGUGGAGCUUCGGAAAAAGGAGUGGAAGUACUUUGUUCAUUAUCUUGGUUGGAACAAAAAUUGGGAUGAAUGGGUUAGUGCGGAUAGAUUGUUGAAACAUACAGAGGAGAAUCUUGUGAAGCAAAAAGCGCUAGACAAGAAGCAAGGAGUAGAAAAGGGUACCAAGUCUGGGCGUUCGGCUCAGACGAAAACUAGAAGCUCUGCAGACACCAAGGCUGAGAAAGAUGACACGAAGAACAAUGCUGCUAAAGGGAAGAAGCGAAAGAACGAGUCAGGCAAUGAGAAGGAUAACCCAUCGGCAGAGAAGCUAGUCAAGAUCCAAAUUCCUGCAACACUAAAAAAACAGCUCAUUGACGACUGGGAGUGCAUUAUGGAGAAUGACAAGGUUCUGAAACUUCCGCGUUCACCUAAUGUGGAUGAGAUAUUGUCCAAGUACCUUGAACUCAAAACCAAUAAGGAUGGACUGAUAUCUGAUUCGGUGGGUGAGAUCUUGAAAGGCAUAAGGUGUUAUUUCGACAAGGCAUUACCUGUGAUGCUCUUAUAUAAGAAAGAGCGGCGUCAAUACGAAGAAGCAGUCGUGGAUGAUAUUUCACCUUCAACUGUUUAUGGCGCCGAGCAUUUGCUUCGUCUCUUUGUGAAGUUGCCAGAGCUUUUCGCAUAUGUAAACAUGGAAGAAGAAACGUGGAGUCACAUGCAACAAACGCUGUUAGACUUCCUCAAGUUCAUUCAGAAAAAUCAGAGCACUUUCUUGCUAUCGUCGGCAUAUGAAGAUUCUGAUAAGGUUUCAGAUGGUAAAGGCAAAGGCAAAGAAGACUGA